GAUACAACAGCAACAAUGUGGUCGCUCUGGCUACUACAGAGUCUCCAUGGCAACAGGGAUUUGAAUUCAUGACAAUAUUUUGGGAGUUUCCCAAACAUCAGUGGUCAUCAUGUUGGUUCUUCUAGCCGGAAUCUUCCUCCUUCACCUCACCAGCAUCAUCCUCCUCCUAGCGGCAACUAUAGACAAUGCCUGGUGGAUGACAAAAACCGUGUCCACUGAUGUGUGGGCCAGGUGGAUACUGGCCAAUGUAACCUGGAGCUCCAACGAUCUCCCCGGCAACUACCCUCAUGAAUACCUCCAGGCAGUGCAGGCUAGCUCCAUUCUGGCCUGCAUAUUCUCUUCCCUUGGCCUGUUUGUGUUUGUGGGACAGCUCUUCACUCUGUCAAAGGGACAGAGAUUCACCUUCUCUGGCAUCUUCCAGCUCCUAGCCUGCCUGUGUAUCAUGAUCGCUGCCUCCAUCUACACAGACAUCUUUCACAAGAAUGAAUCGGAUGGUUGGUAUGGCCACUCCUUCAUUCUGGCCUGGAUCUCCUUUGCGUUCACCUUCAUCUCCAGUAUAAUCUACUUUGUCCUGCGAAAGAAGACAGCAAACUAGAAGCAGAAGACUUGCCCAAACCCAAGGAACAGGCUCAAUAUCUUACAAUCUGAUUGUUUUUUGUACAAUUAGGUAUGGAUAUGAGUGUGGGAUACAAAAGGGUUAAAGUUGUUAUCCACAGAUUUUCAUCCAUGUAUCUCUUUUGGUUCCCACUGAAGUGUCUAAACAUAUUGGAUUUACAUAGUAAUAACCUACCUGUCCUGCCCACAUAGUUAUAACUUACCUGUCCUCCCCACAUAAUAGUAAUCUACCUGUCCUGCCCUCAUAGUGGGGCGGCAGGUAGCCUAGUGGUUAGAGCGUUGGACUAGUAACCGAAAGGUUGCAAGAUCAAAUCUCAGAGCUGACAAGGUAAAAAUCUGUCAUU